UGGAGUCAUUAUGUAAACGGAUGCUUGCUGCUACUCAGAAAAGACCUCUUCUACUUGGUCAGUACAAGCCUUCUUGUGAUGCAAAUGGUCAUUUCAACAGCAUUCAAAAUCAUGAAGGAUAUUACUUCUGUGUGGAUGAAAGAGGAAUUCCUGAUUUUUCAACAAAGUCAAGAAACAACAACAUAAAAUGUUCAGGUAAUUUUCUGAUGAACUUUCUCCACGAUUAUGUUCUUGUACUCUAAGUACAUUCUAAAGUUUUGAAAGUGCCCAUUCACAAAAUUAAGAUGUGGCAAUCCACUGGAGGAAGGAACACAAAGUUGGAACACAGGUGUUCUGUACUGUUCUGACACAUCAUGUACCGCAUUGAACUGGGCAAUAUCAGAAUUGAAGAAGGUACCUCUGAACUGCAUUAAGUACAUGUACAUACAGUACAAAGUGAAGAAAAAAAUAGAGUGGGGGGGGCUUGAUGCAAGUGUAAGUUACAACUCUUACUAUUGUUUAAGAGUCUAAAAAGAUAGCUACGGUUGUAAAUUAUACUUGUAAGUUGACCCCAGGAAAACAGGCCCAUUUUGCAAGCACGGGUAUCUAAGCAGACUGUGAGUUGCCCUCAAGUAGCACCAGCCCUUUAAUGAAACACUGUUAUAAAGUGUCUCUCCCACUUCCACCUCCCCCACGCCACCCCCACCCCGCCCCCUUAUUUAGAGGGGUCACUGUCGCUUGUUUCGGAAUUCUGGAAUUAUAUAUGGUAAUUUAGCAACCUCUAUUGUAAUAUAAAAACCUUUUUGGCAAGCGUUGUGAUAGCAGUAACUUGUUUUGAUCAUUUCAUUUUACAAGUGUAGAUUAGUAUUGUAAAUAAAAUGCUGUUAUACUAAUGAGAUUUUGGAUCAAUCAUCAGAGUUAACACCCUGCCAGAAAAAGAAGCAAGAAGCCCUGAAGCUUCCAGCCAUUGGCCGCUUUGUACCCGAGUGUAAAGAUGAUGGCUCUUUUAAGGAGAAGCAAUGUCAUGCUUCAACUGGACAGUGCUGGUGUGUGGAUAAAAAUGGACAUGAGUUUGAGGGAACUCGGACAAGAGGAGAGCUUGACUGCACUACCACUGGUAAGAAUAGUGAAGAUGUCUAAUCCAAUCUUGAUAUCUUGGUUUUGUGGUUUCGUUUGUCUCUUUCCCUGUGGGAGUCUAGCUCAAACAAUUUNUUUUUGGCAAGCGUUGUGAUAGCAGUAACUUGUUUUGAUCAUUUCAUUUUACAAGUGUAGAUUAGUAUUGUAAAUAAAAUGCUGUUAUACUAAUGAGAUUUUGGAUCAAUCAUCAGAGUUAACACCCUGCCGGAAAAAGAGGCAAGAAGCCCUGAAGCUUCCAGCCAUUGGCCGCUUUGUACCCGAGUGUAAAGAUGAUGGCUCUUUUAAGGAGAAACAAUGCCAUGCUUCAACUGGACAGUGCUGGUGUGUGGAUAAAAAUGGACAUGAGUUUGAGGGAACUCGAACAAGAGGAGAGCUUGACUGCACUGCUACUGGUAAGAAUAGUGAAGAUGUCUAAUCCAAUCUUGAUAUCUUGGUUUUGUGGUUUCGUUUGUCUCUUUCCCUGUGGGAGUCUAGCUCAAACAAUUUCCCAGGGAUUUGUAAACAAGGCACCCAGUCUUUGAAUUUACUUCUACACCUGUAAACCUUCUACAGGCAUGUCUGUCUUUUUAGUGAUACUGAGCUGUACUAAAAAACAUUUUAUGGAGAAUUUUAAGGUUUAUUUUGCAUCACAUUUCUCACUUAAACAGUCCUUGAAAAAAGCUAUUUUCCAUUCAUGUUAAUUUCUUUCUUUCCCAAUAUUUUCUCCACUAUUGUCUUUUUUCCUCUCUUUUUCUCUGUACAUGUGAUGUAAAAAUAAAGUUCUUGUCUUGUCCUGUCUUGUCAGUUUGUCCAGCCAGCUCAAAACAGCUCCAAUGUGAUCCAUCAUUGUGCAGUACUGCUUCUUGCCCUGGCCAGAAAGAUGCGAAGUGUAGAGUGAAUCCAUGCGGCAAAUGUGAGGCAGAGUUUGUCAAUCAAUACGGCCAGAAGGUUAACUGUAAGUAGCCCUUAGAAACAAGUCUUCUGUCGCUUAACACCUUGACUGACUCAAAUAACUAUCAAUAAUUAAAUCUGCAUGUUGUUUCCAAUGCCAGGCUAUUCUAAAUGUCAACAACAGCGUCUUGAGGCACUUGGUACCCAUUCGCUGGAUGAGAAACCUGCGCACCCUGUCGUUGGACGGUUUGUUCCACAGUGUGCCGCUGAUGGCAGUUAUGAGGAAGUACAGUGUUAUGGCUCUACAGGAUACUGCUGGUGUGUGGAUUCCGAGGGUAGCCCUGUUCUUGGAACCAUGGUUCGUGGGUUGCCGCAUUGUAAAAAGUCAGCACGUGGAGGUAUUCUAUUGUGACCUUUCCCAAGAGUGGCAAAAAAUAUUAUUCAAAAGAUAAUUUCAAAGUUAUAGUUUUGUAAAAUGCUGAAAUAUUUUAACAAGGUUGAACAGACCUUUCCCGUAUUCCUACAAACAAAGGCAGCAAUUCAAAAGACAAAUGAAAUUGUCCACCCGAGCCUCGACCUCAGAUUUUAAUGUUUGCUCCCUGGAGCGGAAAUUAUGCGGGAAAGGUCUGUAAGCUAUAAAAAUUCUAUUGACAGUCUUGUUACUCCUCUCUUUUUCGAUAGUCUGUGGAGGCAGGCCUAUGUUCACCUGUCUGCGCAAUUUCUGUGAGUGGUCCAGCUGCCCUGCCCAUCCUGAUGCAAAAUGCAGAGUUAACCCAUGUGGGGGAUGCAAAGUAGAGUUUGUCGAUAAGGAUGGCAAGGUGGUUAACUGUGAAAAAGGUAAUAUUGAUUUAUAUGAAGAUUAUGUUGUGACAAAGUUGCUGUCUUAUGUCCUGGGACUGGUGGAAUUAACCAACAGGCUAGUGUAAUAUAUAGAUUUAGCCAAGGCAAAAAGCAAAGCUCUCAUGGCAACUUACUUUCUGAUGUAAAGUUUUUUGAGCCUGCAAUCACUUGAAUACCAUAACUGGUCAGUAGUGAACUUAAAAAAAACAAUUCACCUCAAUGAGUUGUACACCUGAGCCUGUGGUACAGUCAUGUGACACUGGUCAGCAGAUGCCCUCUUGACAACUGUCAAUUGAUCAUAACAUUGAUUUUUAUUAUUUGUUUAUGCCUUGGACUUAAGACUAUUAAGUAAGACAUUUCACAUCCGCUAACCAGAAGAGGCGGUCAUAUAGAUGAAUGAUUUUGUCAGGACCAAAAUUUCUUGGAUGUAUCGAUAACAAAAUUUAUUUACCCAUGGUGCUCUGCUGCACCUGCGAGAGCUCCGCUAUUAUAUUUUUUUUGGCAGGUAAAAAUCUGUUCUCAUGUUUAACCAGCUUUCAACCUUGUUUGAUUCAGAGAUUCUUGCAUGUUAAAAACUUAAAUAUUGUAAAAUAUAAUUAUCUUGUUCAUGGUAACACAGUGUUAGUAAGUAAAAUUAAGCUCACCAGCAGCCUCCAGUUUUAAUUGUCACAGUUCAAGGGAUGUGUCAGGAAUAACCCCCAAAUAAAAGAUCUAAUGGACUGCUAUUAAUGCAUGUAUUCUACGUUAAUGUUAUUUUAUAUUAUUGAAGAUCUGACAAAGUGUCAGGUGGAGAAUGCCAAAGCUUCAACAUUCAGCAGAAGCCCUCAACUUCAACCCAUCGGCAGGUUUGUGCCCAAGUGUGAGGCUGAUGGUAGCUACUCACAGAUUCAGUGCUGGUCUUCGACAGGAUACUGUUGGUGUGUUGAUAAGAAUGGAGAUGAGAUAGUAGGAACAAGGGUGCGAGGAAGGCCAACCUGUCGUUCUGGAAGGUCAAGUAUGUAUUGCUGAGUUACUUUAUUUUAUAGAUUCUCUAUUUAGUGCCCUUCUCUGAUCUCCAGGAAGCGUCAAGUUUUAUACAAAAGGCCACCCCUCCCCCACAUCUCCCCCCACUUCCAACCCCCUUAAAAUGUCCAAAGUGACCACAGCUGUGAACAUUUAUCAAUAUAUACUGCACACAGAUUGUACCAUUAUUUGUUAAAAGAUAGCUUGCAUUUCAGGGAAAAAAAAUUCCAUCUUUGACUCUUGGUGAGUCCCACUCUCUUUGGCCACUGCUCUUGAUAAAUAUGGGUUCCACAUGGUGCAAAGAAAAUCAUUUUUACAGCUUGCCAUUCGGGCAAGCUGAAGCUAGCAUUUACUAGCCCAGACGUCAUUUCAACCAGCCCCAAAAACUUUUUGCCUAGCAGAAUUGAUUUCACAGUUCUUCUGUUAAAGUUAAAGCCCGAUAGCACACUACACUACGGACACUACUUUCUUUGCACGCUGGUUCCAGCCAGCACUCAAGCCAAGUGAAUCAGUGACUAGUUUUAAGCGUCAACUUAGGCGACUACUUCUGGACAUCUCCUUUACGACUUAUUACUUUUUUUUUUGUGUUUUUAGCAUUCUGUGUGUGUGUUUUUUAAAUUAUUUUUGUAGCAUUGACUCUGAAAAGACCUGUGGGGAUGAGCCAAUAAAAUAUUUAUGUUUAUGUAUAAAUUAAUGGCUUGAUUUUCGUGAAACCACUUUGUUAUCCCAUGGUAAAUGUAUUUGAGACUAAGGAGUUAAAUUUUGGAGCUUUUGUGUUUCAAUCAAUAAGUUAUUAUUGUUUCUGUCCUGUUUUAGGCUAAAAUCACUACUUCUAUUAUUUAUUUGUUAUUUACUUUGAAUAGUAUUAAUCAGUUUAUUAACUUUCUGCAGCUCGAUCAGUUCCCAUCAAGGAUGGCUUCUGUCCAAUCAUCAAGGAACCUAGGACAUCCUGUCCAAGCUUAAAAUGUAGUGCUGACGAUGAUUGUUCUGGCAUGCUGAAAUGUUGCGAUGUUCCAGGAUGUGGUAAAACCUGCCAGGAACCUUCAUUCUCAAGUAGGUUUUCUAUCAUAGAUUUCUGACUGUUAUUAUUGUGCACCUUCUAGUUUAGCCUGUGACAACAGAUUUCCUCCCUUCACAUAUAAAUCAAUAAAUUAUUUAGUUGCUCCACUAAAUUUCCAUCAUUCAGUGUGAAGUGUGGUUGUUGCUCACAGGGUUGCCAUGGAUACCUACAUGUAGUGCUCAACUUGAUCUAACAGGACUCAAUAGCCACCUUUAAGGCACCCUCCGCUAACCUUCUCUAGUGGUAAUUACUUUAAUUGGCUUUGACUUAAUUAUUUAUUUGCCAGUGAAGAUCAGUUUUUGUGUCCUACAUGUACUAACAAAGUGACUGGACCUUUACUUGUUUGAAGCUGAUGAUGGUGUUAAUUGUAUGAAUAUUUUCAGCCUGUAUCAAUGGAACAAAACCAUUCUUGUUGUGUCUGCACAUGUGUCAGUUUGCUCGUUGUCCAGCUUACCCACAAGCCACCUGCUUCUCAGAUCCAUGCAGAAUGUGCAAAGUGGAGUUCCGUGAUGAGCAAGGAAAUGUAGUCAACUGCACCAAAGGUUUGCUAUUUAAACUCUGCAUCAGAAGCUGCAAAUUGUAAUAAUCAUAAACUUGUAUUAUUAGGCACCAAAAAUGUUUGUGUGCUGUUAGUUGUGGAACUGAAGUUGAUUUAUUCUUUUGGUUGAAAGCACUGCACUUAAUGAAUGGCAAUUCCUAGAAAAGGAAACAUUUGGUAGGUUAAUAAUAAUCCGUUAGAGCACCACCAUGGUAAUCAUGUUCUUUUGUCCACAGGCAUGUACCUCCACAGUUCAUAUUAAUGUGGGUGUACAUGUAUGUACAGGACUGGAUCAACACCUCCAUUUUAUUGAAUGACAGUAGUAUUCAUUGUAAUAUGCCUCCUAACCUUGUCCCUUUAAUCCCCAAUAUCUGCAUCCAAAUUCUCAAGACUGAUCUCCAUACAUUUCCUUGAAAAAUUAGUUGAGAGAAUUUAAUAAAAGAUCAAAGCAUUUUUGCCUUGAUGCUUAUUUUGUUAAUUCAUACAACUUUUCUCUUGAUUAUGUAAUUGAUGUUGUCAGGAGAAAGUUCAUGUUGGUCACUCUUUGGCCUUUAAGGGUUAUUUUGUGGAUGCGGCGUGGCUAAGCAGUUAGACGAUGGCCUCAAGUUCAAGCGCUGCUCUAACUGCUAUCUGCAGGCAUUUUGUUUCCUGGUAAAUCCUGAGCUCAACUCCUUAGACAUACCUGUGAAAAGCCAAUUGGUUUGCUGCCUGCGAGUUGGGAUUCUUUUUUGUGACGAUUAUUUUGUAAUUCUCCCAUCAAUAGGUCUGACGCCAUGUCAAGCUCGUCAGAAGUUAUCAAAAGGCCUCCUUGGUGAGUUUGUUCCAAAGUGCAAGGAUGAUGGCAGUUAUGAACCUUUACAAUCACAUGAGGGAUAUUCCUGGUGCGUUGAUGAAGAUGGAAAGGAAAUUAAUGGAACAAGGAUGCGUUUCAAGCAACCAACUUGUCAACUGCAAGCUUUGAAGAGUAGUAAGCUUGUUUUGAUGACCUUUAGAAUUUUAUGGAUUUAUAGUUGAAGACUGUGGGCAAAAUCCAUUCAACCAAAGUUUCUUGUGUGAGGGCAGAAAAUUUUAUUUUUUUAUAUAGCCAGAGAGAAAAAUCAUAUUUUCAAGUACACCAUAUCGGCAUGCUUCAAUCCUUCCACCAUGAAUACUAGCCUGUAUUAAAUGGCGUAAAUUUAUAUUUAAGGACAGGGCUAACAGAGAUUGGCUUGUCUGUUUUUUCUUUCAACAUGCAAGGUGUAUAACUCUGAUAUUAACUGUUUUUUUGUCCACUUUCAGAUCUAACAUUGUGUCAGCUACAGAGACUCCAAAGUGGUAAAUGAAAUAAUUAUAAGGUUUUUUUGUUAAUUAACUGUACAGAUUCAUAAUAAUAAAAUUUUAGGCAUCUCACUACUUCCAGAAAGCCUCUGUUUCUAUGAUGUUUUCUUUCAUAAUCUGCAGUUAAAUCUGGCUCUUGCCCAAAGCACCAGCCUCCAGCUUGUGUUGUAACAUGCAAAACUGAUGAAGACUGUGAAGGCUCCAAAAAAUGCUGCAGUAACGGUUGUGGUGCUUGGUGUGUGGAGCCAAGUAAGCCUUGAUAUCCACCAUUUUGCUCAAUCAUAUGUGAAAAUUGUUGAUAAAAAUUUAAAGCACAUGUACUUGUAUUAGUACCAGUUAAUGGCUUGCCUGGCUUUUGAAAUGUUAUUAAAAUGGAAUCCAUCAGCAAAUUGAGUAACUAUAAUUUCAGUGGACAAAAACCUUGUACCAGAAUAAUUUAAACAAUAUCGCAUUCUUUUUUACAUUUUUUUCAAGGGCUAUAGAUGUAAUUAGUUGUCUGUAAUAGCACCAAAGAAAAAUUCUUCUAAGAGCCCAAGAAAAUAAAUGUCAAUUUUCACAAAAUGAAACUUUAUUUUCUCGGGCUCCCAUGAGAAAUAGUCUUUGGUGUUAUUAUAGAUAACUAAUUAUAUCUAUAGUCCUUGAAAAAUGAAAAAAAUGUUGCAAUAUUGUUAAAUUAUUCUGGUACAAGGUUUUUGUCCAAUGAAAAUUGAAAUUACUCAGUUUCUUGAUGGAUUCCAUCUUAAAAAUACGCAUAAAGGCCACCAGUUCACGACCAGUCUGUUGUUUGCUCCGGGACACCUCUUUAGGCUGUACACCUGGUGUUGGUCCCUUUCUCGGCUGUUUUUUCGGUUGCUUAAAUGUAACUUAACUCCCUAUAAGAUGAACCCCCCUGUAAGGCAGACAGUUGAAGUCAGGUCCCAAUUAGUUUCUGUCUGUCUUAAACAGAGCUGACUGUUCUUAACCUUAUGCCUUGUGAUUGAUAAGUGAUUACUUAAAGAAAUUGUGCAUAAGGUGUAGGUUGACCUGCAAGAAGGAACAAAGGAAGGAAGAUCGGGGGUGGGGAAACUUCACAGCAGCUAGGUUCAAUUCAAGCACAGUGCAGUAAAAUGCAUGAUCAUUAAACUUUGAGUACUGAUCAGUCUUCUUUGGUGCUGUUACUCAUUUGCAAGUCUUGUGUUUACUUUUGUCAGGUCUUGAAAUUUUUUAACUCAUAUUUCAGGUACACAAAUGCCUGGUCAGUAUAUUCCACAGUGCAAGGAUGAUGGAAGAUUUGAGGAAGUGCAGUGUCAUCCCUCCACAGGAUAUUGUUGGUGUGUUGAUACUGAAGGCUGGGAGAUUGAAGGAACAAAGAUCAGAGGAAUGCCAAGCUGCAAGAAAAGUACUGAAUAAGUUUUGUUAAAUUUUAUGUGCAUGUAUAUAUUCAUUUUGGGUGAUUAUGGCUGACACAGCACUGAAUGGAUAUGUUAGAAGUUACAGCAGAUAUACAGUGUAUUUUACAGAUGAAGGUCAAAUUAUUAUUUGCAACAAAACUGUUGCAAAAAUCAACAGUGAAAUGUAAAUAAGAUAAUGGAAUCUUCAAAGCAUCCAGAAAUAAAAAACAUCUAAAAAGCAAAAAAUACACUAGAGAGCAAAGUCAGAAUAUAUAUAAAUGGCUAUAAAUAGUAAGUGACAAUUUUUAAAUAAGCAACUUAUAUGCAAAGCCAUUACAUCACCUUCAUUUGUGAUUUCACAAGAUUAAGAAUCUUGAGAUUUAAGGGUUUUCAACGAUUAUGCUAUUCAGAGAACAGGAUAGAGCAUUAAAAUUUGUGUUUUCAUUCCAUCAGCAUGCCACCCUGUUAUGUGCAGAAUGUAUUGUGAAUUUGGUUGGGCUAAGGGUCCGGAUGGCUGCGACAUCUGCAAGUGUGCUGACGCUCCAACCAAACCUGGUUUCUGUCCAGCUGUGGAAUCAGGGCAGCUUGGAACUUGCGUCGAGGAAUGCAGCAAUGACAAUGAUUGCCAUGGAAACAAGAAAUGUUGCUCGAACGGGUGUGGUCAUGUUUGCACUGCCCCAGAAUACAAAGGUACCUACUUCUAAUCUCAUCUAUUUAGUAAAGUUGUGAAGUAGGAAAAAAAAGGCGCUUUAAUGAAAAAAUAGCAGCGACAAUUUCCUAGUUUAUUCUUCUUGAAAGUAACCAGAUGCCGCCUUUUAGGAUGUGGAUGAAGCAGCCAUAGUCUUAUCAAAAUCAGUAAAAUAUCAUAAUUUUGCAUUUUUCAGCUAAGUCAGGUUAUUGCCCAGCAGUUGAAACCCAUCAUGUUGGUAUCUGCAAAAGUGAGUGCAGUUCAGAUCGUGAUUGCAGAGGAGAUCAGAAGUGUUGUAGAAAUGGCUGCAGUCGUGUCUGUAGUACACCUGCUCAGCAAGGUAAACCCAUCUAACAAAAAAUAAUAAUGAAUAUUUCACUGUUUUUUUAUUUCUUCAAUCAGAAAAAUUAAAGCUCUUGAACAUGUCAUGUCUGCUGUCCAACUUACACUUCUGUGUCUUUGAUUUGUAAGCCUGUCCACGUGGUGCACCUUUGAUGAUGUGUCUGAUNGAUGGCUGCGACAUCUGCAAGUGUGCUGACGCUCCAACCAAACCUGGUUUCUGUCCAGCUGUGGAAUCAGGGCAGCUUGGAACUUGCGUCGAGGAAUGCAGCAAUGACAAUGAUUGCCAUGGAAACAAGAAAUGUUGCUCGAACGGGUGUGGUCAUGUUUGCACUGCCCCAGAAUACAAAGGUACCUACUUCUAAUCUCAUCUAUUUAGUAAAGUUGUGAAGUAGGAAAAAAAAGGCGCUUUAAUGAAAAAAUAGCAGCGACAAUUUCCUAGUUUAUUCUUCUUGAAAGUAACCAGAUGCCGCCUUUUAGGAUGUGGAUGAAGCAGCCAUAGUCUUAUCAAAAUCAGUAAAAUAUCAUAAUUUUGCAUUUUUCAGCUAAGUCAGGUUAUUGCCCAGCAGUUGAAACCCAUCAUGUUGGUAUCUGCAAAAGUGAGUGCAGUUCAGAUCGUGAUUGCAGAGGAGAUCAGAAGUGUUGUAGAAAUGGCUGCAGUCGUGUCUGUAGUACACCUGCUCAGCAAGGUAAACCCAUCUAACAAAAAAUAAUAAUGAAUAUUUCACUGUUUUUUUAUUUCUUCAAUCAGAAAAAUUAAAGCUCUUGAACAUGUCAUGUCUGCUGUCCAACUUACACUUCUGUGUCUUUGAUUUGUAAGCCUGUCCACGUGGUGCACCUUUGAUGAUGUGUCUGAUUGAUCCUUGUGAAAGAGCCAGCUGCCCUGACAACCCUAAAGCCAGAUGCCGUCCAAACUAUUGUGGCCAAUGUUCAGCUCAGUUCUUUGAUGACAACAACAACCUUGUCAAUUGUUCUGCAAGUAAGUUUUAAUACAAAAGGUAGAGUAGCCAUUGGUCAUUCUUGUUCCCAGAGCUGCAAUCCUUUUGAUCCUUUCAGUUUUGGCAACUAGAGCAUUCUGUUUUUUGUUGAUGGUCACCCGCUCUCUAUAACCUUUGCCUAUUACUAGUACUGCUUCUAAAAUGUGAGUCAUUAACAAAUUUUCACAGGUGUGACCCCAUGUCAGAAGAAGUAUUUGGAGGCGACAGGUGGUCCCCCUGGAAUGGUUGGUCAGUUUAUCCCCCACUGUCAUCGAGAUGGUUCCUACUCUCCUUUGCAGUGCCAUGCCUCCACUGGCUUCUGUUGGUGCUCAACCACAGAUGGCAAGAAAAUUCCAAAAACUGAAAGCAGGGUCCAGCCCAACUGUAAGUUUGAGCUGCAAACCUUUAUCUUGGGUAAUGGGGUGCUGUAUGAGUUGUCAAAGACAGUGAUAAAAGAAUUACUGUAUUUACCCAAAUAAUUGCCAUGGCUCAUAUUAAAUUUUUCAUGCCUCAAAUUUGGUGCUUACUCGAGCUAGGGUACCACUUAUUUGAUGGUGGUGUUUAUUUGAAAGUUGAACGUGACAAAGAAUUGUAUUAACUACCAAUGGUAUUUCUUUCCAUAUAAAGUAACGGAAUUAACGUCUUUUGACUUUGCUUAUAUCAGGGAGGCAGUGCUUAUUGACUAUUUUCUCCCACAUGCAGUGCUUAAACGGGGGUAGCACUUAUUUGAGUAAAUACAGUAUUUCAAGAUCAGGAAGUCUUACUUGAAAGGUGUAGUUUCUAAAAGUUAUUGAAUUUCCUUUCGAGAUGUUACGGGUUUAUAUAAAUUACUACAAAUUAAAGAAAUGAAUUUUCACAUGGAGAACAUUCUCUAGUUAAUCAAUUUCUGUCCUCCAGAUCCCAUGAAAAAAAUCUGUAUCUUUUGAAAUAUAGAAAGAGCAUAGUUGGUAUAAAAAUGUAUUGGGUUACAUUUGCAUUAUAUUUCUUCUUAAUUUAAAGGUUCAAGAUGCAAACAACAGGCCUAUGAAGCAACCCACCCCCGUCGCAUUGGAGCUUACGUUCCUCAGUGUAAUGAUGAUGGUAGUUAUAAACGUAUGCAGUGCUGGGGUUCCACAGGACAGUGCUGGUGUGUGACAGCAGGUGGAACUGAAGUACCUGGGACCAGAGGAAGACGACAACCCAAAUGCGACACCAAUGAAGGUGUGUUGUAGGAGCGUAAAACUAUAAGCACUGACCAUGAGAGGGAGACUUUGAAAAAAGUAGUUGGUUUGUUGAGCCAAACAAAAACUCUUCUCAAGCACGUUAUAUACAAUUUUUUCACAUUUCUUUGCCUUCUCCGCACAGCUACAACCACCUCUUCUUAGCCACAAUUUUGAAAUUACAAUUGUAUGUACAUGAAAUCAGCAUAAGAGUUACAAUUCCAGAUAUCUAUCAUGAAUGUUACUUUUCCUAAUAUGACCUUAUACAGGGAACAUGAAAAUGCACAGGAUGUUAAGUAUAUGCUUGAAGAAGUUUGCCAUAUACCCUUACUGUGACGUGCCGCCCUUACUAGAAGUCUGCUUUUGCACUUCUAUUUCCAUUUUUUGUUAAUUCUCUCCCACCAAGAGAAGCUAUGACCAGAAAUACAUCUGAGUGUGGGACACGCCAGUUGUUACUGAAGAUACUGGGGAGAAGUGCAAUAAAAUGCUAACAAGUUGGCUGCAUCAUUGCUUACCAGGAUUAUCAUGUAGCAAAUCUUACAAGUAGUUUAAGAGCAGCAGUCUUAAAUGUGGCCUGAAAUAGUAAAUGAUGACCCUUUUGUCACUUGGCCAAGCUCCUCGUUAGAAAGCAAACUGUAGGAAAUUAAUUCUUUUGUCAUUUUUUAUUAUUAUUUUUUUAAUUAUACUCUGUCUUUUAAGCUGUAGUCAGUGCCUUUAGUAUUGAAUCCACCUGUGACAAUGGUAAGAAGUGGCAGUUAUGCAAAGAUGUUUGUAAGAAGGCUACCUGCACUAAAAACCCUGAUGCUAAGUGUGUGUCACCCAUGGGAGGCUGUGGAACAGAUGCAUGUCAACCUAAAUUCUAUGACAGCUUGGGAAAGCAGGUGCAAUGUGAGUAUGAAGCUUUGUUUUGCACUUUAUAGUGAUGAAUUUUCGUGAAAUAGAUAUGCAUCUUUAAACAACCAGCCACAGAAACCGCGUGAACCGGAUAUUCUACCAAAAAAUCUUCAAAUCGAUCGAUCGUUCUUUGUGUCCUACAGGGUGCAUUUCAUGAAUUACUUUGCGUCUUUGAUGUUUUUUAUGCAUCAGGGAUGCAGGACGCAGAGGUAACAAAAUCACUGCUCUAACAGCACUAUUGUGGGAUGUUUGACUGGAGUGAAUCCUAGGCUUUGCCACGGUGUUAUCAUUAGGGAGCACCUGAGGUCCUCCAUGCCAUCAUUAUUACCUUGAAAGUGUUUUACUGAUCUUGCAUGUAAUUCUUUUUUCUGAGCCACAAACAUUUGCUUUUUGAUGGUGCCUUAUACAAGGUCCCUGCCUAACAAAAAAAGGCAGUUAAAUUUCUUUUCUUUGGCACGUCUCAUGCAAUGAUAGUUAGAUAACAAACUUGUAUAGAGGUAGUUAAAGUUUGAGUAAGAAAUGGCAGUUUUUUCCUCACAGGUAUGACAGAAUGCCAGCAGAAGGCAUAUGAAGCUACACGGAAGAGGCUCAUUGGUGCGUUCAUUCCCAAGUGUAAUGAGGAUGGAACUUAUGCACGAGUGCAGUGCUGGGGAUCCACUGGAUAUUGUUGGUGUGCGUCAGAGGAUGGGACAGAGUGGCCUGGAACUAGAAUUAGAGGACAACCCAAAUGUGAUGUCAAUGAUGGUACAUGUUAUUAAUUAUUUAUUUUUUAUACUUAGGUUCACCGAAUCUUGGCAGGGUCACCACCACAGUGCAUGGUGCCAAUUACUGCGGGCCCAUAAUAGUUCCUCCGCCACCCCUCCCCCCCCCCCACCCUAGCGAGGCUAGAAGACAAAGGAAACUGAGGUUUAAAAAAAUUGAACCUGACAUAAAAUUCGACCCAUUAGUUAUCUAUUUCAUAUAAAGACAAAAAGAAAUGGGAAAAGUAAUUGUGAGCGCUUUCUCUUUUUUUCUGGGCUUAAAAUUUUUCUCUCGUUGUGUUUAACCAAAACCCUGGAACAGGCAAGGAAUUUUCUAACAUGAUGUUUUUUCUUCUCUGUUUUGCAGGUCCAGAGCUAUUGUAAGUAGAGUUUCAUAAUUUUGUGGCAACUUAAUGUGAAAUUACCACUCAGUGUAAGGUUUUCGUUCUCUGAAGCUCAUCUGAGAUCUGUUGCUUCCUUUAGGAGCAUCCACGCAGGACUCACAUUCAACUACAGUUUUGACUUAGUCAGGAAUGUCUCACAGGCAUUUAAAGAGUGAGUGUAGUUACCUACUCUGUGCAAAUAUAGAAAAUCUCUAAAUGAUUGUCCGCUUAGACUGCGGGCAGUCUCUUAUAAUUUUUCUUGGCAAAGUUACUACACACAAAACCUAAGCACGCGAGCGGCGAAGCCGCUUGCCGCGAGAAACGAGAGCGUAAUAAUAACGUCGUGGUUUGCAAACGCGCUGGAUGAGAUAAGAACUAGACGUAGGCGGACUACAAGCAGUCUAUUGUCCGCUUUGAAUAAAAGGCUUCCUUUGCAAUAAAAGAGAAAUAAUACAGGCCAAAGAACGUUUUCGCAAGGUUAACUAUCCGGUAGGAGUCUUAAUAUGCAAUAGUGUUCAAUUAAAAAAAAGGAAAACACCUUUCUCAAAAAACAAGAAAAGAAAAAACCUGGGAAAUCUGGGUGUGCCUCAAAUUAGGUCGCCAAGAAGUUUUAAGACAGAGAGCCGAUUUAUUGCGUAAUGACAUACUAAAUUAAUACCACCAAUACAAAUUCCUCCCCGCUUAAAAACAUGUAUACUAAGUGCUUGCAGAAAUACACUGUAUGUCAUGAUAUGCGCAUUCACAGCGUACUUCAGAAAUCAUGCACAGCUGUGUUAUAGCAAACACCAAAUCAAUUUCUCCCACUGCUACUUUGUACACUACCUCCCAGUGUAGCAUUUGAUCACUCAGAAAUAUGUUAUGUUCCUUCCACAGAUCUUUGAAGAAGCAAUUGAUUACCAUGUUUAAAUUGAAGGACAAUCAAUUUCAGGGACCUGAGGUGUGUCAUUUUCAAUCAAUCAAUCAAUCAAUCAAUCAAUCAAUCAAUCAAUCAAUCAAUCAAUCAAUCAAUCAAUCAAUCAAUCGAAUUUUGUGAUCUGAGAGCUAAUCUCUUAGGAUUAGCUGGACAGUAAGACUUAACCGACACGUUUUAAAAUGCUAAAAAGUUGCUGUCAAGGGAUGUAUAAGCAGUUUUACUUCUUAUGUAUGAGCUGUUAUUUUCAGGUUUUACCUUACUCUAUGAGCAGUCUCUCUUUUUUCUUAGUCCGUCGAACGAACGCGCGAGAAACGAAAAUGACCACUCGCGUGACCGUAGGUGGGCGGGAGACGGGAGAAACCUUAGUACCAGUGGCUUCGCUCCCCUCACUAAAACUGAAGAAAAAGAGAGACUGCUCGCAGUCUAGUUUUACCCUAACACUAAGAAUCUUUGUCUGUCAGGUGCAAGAAGGCAGCAUUUUAGUAGGAUUCACUGUUGUACCGACGAGUGGUGGACGAGACCUGAACGAAUUUGCAGAUGACAUCACUGCAAAGGUGAGGGCUGUUCAACUACUGACUAUCUAGUCUUAUAACAGGUGGUGUAAGUAACUGCGACGAUAGCCAUAGAUGCACGGAGGGUGUAAAAAGAGGAUAAAUGAAGCAGAAUGCAAAACUGUUGUACAUUAGAAAUUGCGUGCAUCUACUGAGGUUAAGAGAGGAAGGCACGAGCAAUUCUUUAUUGAUCUGAUUCAUCAUGCUAUGAUAUUUUACUGUAUCCUGUAACGCAAGUCCAAGCAAAAAGGAACGACUUUCAUUUUUUGGACUUACGCACUCUUAGUUACCAUCUUGAUAUUGAUUGUGACAAUGAAUAGAAUAUUUAGUUCAUACUGGAGUACAGUUUGGAGCGUUUUGUCUUCCAUGUGCUUUUUCAUAUAAAGGAGAGCCUAUUGAACAUUUCAAUAAAAAAAUCUAAACUCAUCAAACUUAAGUUUGUCUCGACGUCGUCUUGAAGCCGGUCGACUCGCUUUAUGACUUUGUUGAAUUUGUGCAAGCGCAGUAUAAUUUAUCUUCUUUUCCGUUUUUGACAAUGAACGUGUUUAUCUAUUCAUGUUUUGUGCAAGAAUAUUGUGGUUACCGGGCGUUUUAAAUGGCACUAUCUGAUGUCUCUCAACAUUCACUCUCAAAAUGGGAGGGAUUUAAGUGGCUGUUUAACCAGGGAUUUAAUAAUUUUAUUUCGUUAGGCUCGCAACCACCAACUAGUGAUUCACUUUAGUGGUUUGACGUUAGUGGCUGAUGCUGAGGCCAUGUUAGCGUCACCUAUGUAUCUUGAAGAUCUAAGGAUUGUUAAUAAAGAACAACAACAUGAGUCAGACAGCAGUGGAUUAUCAAAGACUGGUGUAGCACUCGUUGCUGUUGUUUGUACCUUAGCUGUAGUAGCCGUUGCAUUAGUAGCAUAUGUGGUGAGUAUACACUUACAUUUCUUGGUGUGAAGGCGUCCUUGUGGGAACCUUGGUGUCUCAAAUCGUCUUGGCUAAAUAGCAAAAUUUCUGGAUCACAACAAUUUUUCUUGUCAGAGACCACCAUUUGCUUUGUCGAACGAUGGAAGACUAAGGGAAAAAAGCGAUGGCAAGGUUUGACGCCAGAGCUAAUAACCAGUAACCCAGCAUGCCUUCUCAAGCUAUGUCUAGCUAUGAUAAAAUCUUUCUGUUAUCUCCCUUACUACUUCAUUUUUGUGAUUAUGUUAUAGGAUCUGGAAAGGGAUGUCCUGAUCCCGCGAUCCCGCAAUCCCGCUCCUUUCACGGGAAUCCCGCAUCCCGAACUUAUGUCAUCGCUAUCCUGAAUAUCGUUUUCUUUCCAAAUCCCGUAUCCGUGCCCAAAUUUCGGCGAAUCCCGCUUUGCGGGUGGCAGUCAAACCCGUACCCAUUUAACGUUUCCCGAAUCCCGCACUGUCUUUUGGUCAAAUUCCGGGAUCCUGGUUAUACCCUGCAUGUUAGAUUUCAAUUUAAUUCCUUUUUUUUUGUUUUCAGUUGAUUCAGAAAAAGCGAAAGAACUCCGGUGAUGGGGAGAGAGUGAGUAAACAUUUACUUUUUUAGUUAUUGUUGUUUGGGACGGUUGGGAUGAUCGAUGAUCGAGACAAUGCUGAUACUAUUAUGGUGACCAGUCUGUCACAUAGAAUGGUUCCAUCUGGGUGACUGCAGUCACCCUAAGCGUCCGGAAAAACUGCAUCAUUGCUGAUUGUCUUGAUCGCUGAAACACAUUCUGUGAUAGACUGCAAAACAGCUUGCCCGAGAAAACAGCCUACAUUUGGCGACGCCACCACUUGUUUCCCCGCGAAAUGAAGUCUGAGAAACGAGCGUGGAAAUUCCAUACUGAUGACGUGUCACUACCCAGAUCUGGGUAGUGCUUCUGAUUGGUCGUGCUGCGAGGGAAACUUGGUUCAACCAAUCGACUACCCAGAUCUGGGUAGUGACGCGUCAUGGUAUAAAAUUUCUCCGCUAGUCGGUCCUCGGAUUACAAAACAAACCGUAUUUUUGCGUAGGCCAAGAACGCGCGAAAUGUGAAACGAAAGGUAUGAAGGAAAGUUGACAACCGAGAGUAAAACUGUGACAGCUUUGAAAAGAAAAAAACGAAAAACAAGUUACUGUUCAUCCUUUGCAGAACAACCCUCUUCCCUCAGUAAAGAUCGGAGAAGUAGCCCUUCUUCUUCCUCUUGUCCGAUUUUUUCUGAAGGGAGGGGACGGCUGUACUUAGGCUAGUUACCCUUUGUCAGUCAAAUUUUUGCGACGAACUGAGUCGUACUUGAGUUGAACGAGGGGAUCCAGAUGGUUAAAUGAGAAUCCGGGCUAAAAGAAUAGAGCGAUUUUCGUAUCACCUUGAAAUGAAAUCGUGCGAACAAAACAGAAACAACAAACGAACGGAAAUAGGGCGAUUUGAUUGGUUUAUCGAACGGAUACAAACGCGCGUGGCAUGUGAUUGGUUAAGCGAACGCUCGGGUAAAAAAAUAUUUUAUGCCCGAGAACUUUCUAGAAAUCAAGCUAUACUUCGCUUUGACGUCAUACUGCAACAGAAUCGGCCAAUCGAACAAUGCCUUCUCCAUGUUAGGGUUUUCUUUGGCGGGAAAACGAAGAGGCGAUGCUUUGAUAUUUUCAUCCAUUGGCUGCUAAAACAUCUAUCUGCAUAGGAAGCUAGUUAAUCGUACGCUGUGUAGUUUUCUGAGUGACUAACUUGUCGCUCCUUUUCCCGUAGCUGUACCUUUUGUCUUAGACCAGAGGUGCUGCUGCCGCUCGCUGCUGCUGCUGCUGUCUUCUCCUUAUCAUCCGCUACUCAUCCUUCCCUCUAGGCCGGCAUUGUUUUUAAAGAUGGAAAUGCUGAAGUGAACGUCUCGCUCACGGAAGCCUGACAAUGGACUCCACCCUUACCGGAUGUGUCGUAAUAAUGAUUUGAUAUUCAGUGAUCUACCUUGUAUCGCUCUGCUUUCACUGCAACGCAGUGGAGUUCAUAGACUGGUUAUGAUUGCCGCUCUUUAUCAAGAUCAAGAACUUGCUGCAAAACUAGGAUUGAUCACAGCCUCCCUUUAUAAUGGGAAGGUUUAUUAAACUAUGAGAAUAUAAUUUAUCUGUUAGAGACUUUUUAAAGAGAAUUUUUAGAAAAUAUUGAGAAUUAUUUGGUUUAGCCAGAUCGAUAUAUUUUUUUAGUGAAUUUGAAUAAUGAUAUUUUUAUGAUGUUGUUUGUUGUACUUAUUGUUUCUUGGAGGGGACAGACAGAGAGAGGCUCAACUUUCUUCAGCCUGCGAGCAAGCUCUCCUCGCGUGCAGCUCUCGUCACGCGAGAGCUGCACGCGAGAGGAUACGCGAGUGCGAGAGUUCCACUCGCGCGCGCGUUCUCUCGCGGCUUUCUUCGCUUGCCACUCGAAAUAGAGAGCUUGCUCGCGCGCAGGCUAACUUUCUUCAAGUUAGGAGGUAGCGUAGCCGAGUGGUCAGCGCGUCGUACUCGCAAUGCGGCACUCCCGGGUUCGAGUUCCGCUCUGUCCUCGGCCACACUUGUAACCUUUCCCAAACCGACCAUUAAGGCCUGUUUUUUAAGAUUAGCCUGUCGUCGGUUUCAAUGCAGCCGUCGUCUUGAGCCAUUUCGAAAAGCCGAACCCCUCAUUUUCAAACAUUGGUCCGUCCCAUGGCCUCCCACUCAUCUCUUAGUGGAACUAUCGGCCACAAUUUUGGACAAAACUGUUUAAGGUGG